AUGGAGGGUAUAGCUGAAACCAACGAACAAACUCUCGUCACACCACCUAAUUUUGAUCCAUCUACAAGACAAAGUUGUGCUGUAUGUGAAGAUGCACCAAUAUCUUGCAAGCGUUGGGAAGAUGUUUCACAAGACAAUAAGAAUAAAAUGUAUUCUUAUGUACUGGAGAAAUUUGAAUUUGAAGAAAACGAGGUAAGAAAAAAUUGGAUCUUAAGAAAGAUGGGAAGGGCUUUUGCAAACCAUAGAUAUAGGUUGAAGGCUGACUAUUAUGAUGCAUAUGACAAUGAUGAUGAUCAAAUUAAGUUUGCUCCAACAACAGUCGACCAAGGACAAUGGAGACAAGUUGUCACUUGGUUGAGCUCACAUGAGUUUCAAGUUGCUUGUGCUCGUAAUAAAUCUAAUCGGUCAAAGCAAACAAUGACUAUAACUACAGGCACUAGAAGUUUUGCUCGAGUUAGAGCUGAACAGGCUGAAAUAUUAGGACUUGAACCGUCUGCAUGGGAAAUGUUCAAGGUGACACCUAAGAAAAAAGACGGGUCAAUGGUUGAUUCCAUGUCAAAACAAAUAGUUGACAAAAUUCAAUCUUUAGUAACCCAAAGAGCUGAGGAAGGACCUUCUCAAGCUAUUGAUGAAAAUGAAAUUUGCUCUGAAGUAAUGGGAAGAGAAAGACAUGGACGUGUUCAUGGGUAUGGAUUCAGACCAACUCCUUCUUCUGUCCCUGAAAAGAUUCCAUCUUGUAAUGAGCUCAUUACAGAACUAGAACAAAUGCGAUAA